UGUACAACACUGUACGGUAACAGAGCCUUUAAAACCCAUAGGGUAUGGGUCAGGCAGCACUGGAGUUUUUCUUCCCAAUCAGAAAGAUGUCGAUGGCGGCACCUGCAAUGAUACUGAACGAACAUUGACAUAGGGAAAUGAAGAGUAGAAAGGAUAAUCCUUUCUGGGGAGGGUCCCUGGAGUUUCAAGUUGGUCGGGACGUGAUUCACCUGCUCAGCGACUCCGGCACACUUUCCUAGUACUUCUCGUGAUCCAACCCCGACACCCUUCUCCUUCUUCCGGAAGAUACCUGGUAUCGUGUCCAAGGAGGCCAAACAACGAGACGAUUACUCAUCACCACCCCAUAUAUCCCUAAUCAGUCCCCAUAAAAUCUCUCAAGAAGAUGGAAUCUUCAAUGGCAGUCAUAGAUUCCAGCGCCCCUACAACCAUUUCCCCACCCAUACCGUCACAAGUAGCGCAAUCUGAGACCUGGGAUUGGUCAUCAUACUUAUCAUUGAAUGAAUCAAUCCUCCUACAUCUCGACGGUACCGCAGUCACAGAGAAGGUUAUUGGACAAGGCGGGACAGGCAUUGUCGUUGAGCAGGGACAAUAUGCGCUCAAGCUGCCUCGAAUCUCAAGAUAUACAAAGAUUGACGGAGUGCCUGUCGAAGUCGGGUCCUUAACACCUAAGGAAGGUGACUAUGAUGAGCGCCCUCCUCUUAUUGAAUCGAUCCAGACCGAAAAGGCUAUUUAUAAGAGACUGGGCGACCACUACGGAAUUGUACGCUGCUACAAUCUUUCAUCGAAUGAUGUUUCGAUUCAGAUGGAUUUGAUGAAGUAUGACCUUCGGCAUUACCUAGAGGAAAAGCGACCAGAUCGAAAGACACAACUAUCUUGGUUAACCACAAUAGCACAUACUAUAGCAUACAUCCACGAACAUCGAGUUCUGAUCGCCGAUAUUCGAUUAGACAACCUCUUGCUUGACGGCACUGGAGCUGUCAAAUUCUGUGACUUCAGCGAAUCGGCCUUGAUGCCUCUUGACUGGGAUCUCAGUGGUACUGAUGAUCUGGGGUUCUCGAUUUUGACCGAUAUUGGACAGUUCGGUGCGGUAAUGUACGAAAUCAUCACUGGGCUUAAAAGUAGAUUCCAUCUGAGACAAGAACGGAAGGGGCACGAGGACUUGUACGUUUGCCCACCACGAGAUAGCCUUCCCUCCACCGAAAAUAUAUGGUUAGGCUACCUCAUCGAGAAAUGUUGGACACAGUCAUUCCAGUCUGCUGAAGAGCUCGCCACAGAGCUAGAUAGGGAAAGAGAGGCCUUGGAGUUUUAAAAAGAUUGGAAAGCUUUGGCUAUAGGCAUAUGGCUGCCACUUCAUGGAGCGAUACCUCUCCGUUGUCCAGUUCACACUGCACGCAGAGCCGGUGAAGACAACAGAAACACAUGAUGCGUGACGUUGUGGCUGAAAUAAAUCAGCUUGGUCUGGACAUAUCUGGAAAGUGCAAUUCAACAGCACUGCGUUGCCCGUAGCUGCAUCAAUAGUGUCACGGCGUGGCGUUGGAGGAAAAGCUGCAGUUAGGCGUCCAUGGAGAUCCUGAUUGUGCAGGACCUCAUUAGUCCUUUAUUGCAGAAGCAAUUAUGCAAGUUCAGAGACCGAGCUCGAUAGUUCAGUAUGGUGAAGAAACAAUGCCCAUUCCGAUAGGUGAGGAAGAAGAAUGCGAUGUUGCUAAGAGACA